UCCGUCUCCCUCUCUCCUCAACAAAAUCGUAUUUGUCCAUCUCUCUUUGCUUGGUUCGAAUGGCUGCCCAAGUGUCAAAAGUGUCAUAUGAUGUCAAAAGAAUUUAUAAUUCGUGCGAAAUUCGUGAUUUAUGGAAUGUUUAAUUUAGUCUAAAUGUGAAACAAAACAAACCCAAACACCUUAGUCAAAAUUCAACAAUGUCGUAUCAAGAUGAAGAGGAAGGCGGUGCUUUCGACGGGCACGCGAGUUCGUUUCCUAAAGAUUUUGGGUACGGGGCUUUCGACGGAGAACACGACGUGAACCUAUCAGCUUCUGGCGAACAGAAACCUCGAAUACUCCUCAUGGGAUUGAGAAGAUCUGGAAAAUCCUCGAUACAGAAAGUCGUCUUUCACAAAAUGUCCCCCAACGAAACCCUCUUCCUGGAGAGUACAAAUAAGAUAGUUAAGGAUGAUAUUAAUAAUUCCAGUUUUGUACAAUUUCAAAUAUGGGAUUUCCCCGGACAGAUCGAUUUUUUUGAUUCGUCGUUCGAUUCGGAUAUGAUUUUCGGGGGGUGCGGGGCGCUGGUUUUCGUGAUUGAUGCCCAAGAUGAUUAUAUGGAAGCUCUCAAUAAACUUAACCUUACUGUUACAAAGGCGUAUAAAGUGAACCCUAAUAUUAAGUUUGAAGUUUUUAUUCAUAAAGUGGAUGGUUUAGGUGAUGAUUUCAAAAUGGAGUCACAGAGGGAUAUUCAUCAAAGAGCUACAGAUGACUUGGCUGAUUCAGGCUAUGACCAGAUUCACCUCAGUUUCCACCUGACUUCAAUUUACGACCACUCCAUCUUCGAAGCUUUCUCUAAAGUAGUUCAAAAGCUAAUUCCACAAUUGCCCGCGUUAGAAAAUUUGCUCAACAUUUUAAACACAAACUCUGCUAUAGAAAAGUCGUUUUUGUUCGACGUGGUGUCAAAAAUUUACAUCGCCACGGACUCGACGCCCGUGGACAUGCAGAGUUACGAGUUGUGCUGUGACAUGAUCGACGUCGUAAUCGAUGUGUCGUGGAUUUAUGGUCACGUUUUCAGUGUCAAAGAGGAGCAAGACCCGGCCGCUUUCGACGAACAGAGUUCUAGUCUUAUUAAACUAAACAACGGUACAGUUCUCUAUUUGCGGGAAGUGAAUAAAUUCCUGGCUCUAGUCUGCAUUUUGCGAGAAGAUAAUUUCGACCACAAAGGUAUCAUCGAUUACAAUUUUUUGUGCUUUCGCGAAGCAAUACAACAAGUGUUUGAGUUGAGAAACAAGUGCCAAGGUAACCCUUUGACAAACUCCGCGGGCAGCCCCAUUGUUAAUGGAAACAAUAUCAUUGGAGAAAGACAUCUAAGUCCAACGCUAACUGAUGAAAUAGGUAGCAAGUGAGUGUAAACAAAUGUAAAUAGGUACGAUGUGCCUUUUAUUUUACGGCGUUUUUUGUACGAAGUUGUUAUUUUUAUGUACAUUGUUUUAUUUUUAAAUGUAUAUAAUGUUGUCCUUCCAUGUAUUGUGCUAUAGCCAUUUUUAAGUUUUGUAUUAUGUGCACACGUUAUGCGAUAACGUAAACCUAAACCUACUGUAUAGCUAAGCUUCAAAUCAUUAAAACCUUUAUUACUUUGAA